AAACCCAGGACCCAAAACGUCUAUUAGGCAAUAUUGCACCAUUAGCAUUAAAGCUAGCUGACAUACUCAGACGCAAAACUGAAAGGACUUUUGGGUUGUUCAAGAAAAAAACGGUAUGGCUGUGUCACCAGCAGUGACAACAUUGUGUGAAAAUCCAAAUGAAGUCUUUCUAGACGUUGCGAAGUUGUUACUUACAUACGCGGAUAACAUUUUAAGGUAUCCCAAUGAGGAAAAGUACAGAUCGAUCCGCAUAGGCAAUCCUACAUUCUCCACCAAGCUGUUGCCCAUCAAAGGUGCUGUGGAAUGCCUUUUUGAGAUGGGAUUUGAGGAGGCUGAGACCCAUCUGGUGUUCUCCAAGUCUGCAUCAGUGGAACAGCUGAAGCUCAUCAGGGAAUCCAUAGCAGCCGAGAGGGAUCAGAGGCUCUGUGAAGGACAGCCGGUCCAACCGACUGCUCAGGCUGCUAAAGCUUCAACCUCUGCCUCAGCCUCAGCACCAGAGAGCUCUGCUGCUGCCUCCAGCCAGCCAGUUUCACUACUUCCAUUACAGCCUUCAUCCUUGGAGAACAGUAUGAGCUUUUUUGUGACCCUCCAGUCAAACGUCCAGCACGUGAUGCUGUAUGAAAACCCUGAGCUGCAGCAGAAAGCCAGGAGCCACAUCCCUCACCAGCAGCUGUCCUCUGCUGCCGAACACAAGCUGAAGGAGGCGAAAGAGGCCGAUCCAGAAUUUAAACUUGGAAUAGAAGACUUCCUGGUGCUGGAAUUGCUCAGAUGGUUCAAACAGGACUUCUUCUCCUGGGUGGACUGUCUGCCCUGUAGCAGCUGCAAAGGCCCGACCCAAAACGCCAGCUCCCUAAGUCCCAGCACGGAUGACAUCCGCUGGGGAGCCCAGCGAGUGGAGAACCACUACUGUCAGAGCUGCCGGCUCUCCACCAGAUUUCCCAGGUGUGUCAGCACUGAGCAGGCAGUUAGAAGGGGAGGGUGCGGGGGCUGGGUGAAAAUGUGUAUGGUUCUGUGUGAUGUUUCAGACCACGUGUGGACAGAGAUUUACUCUGUGUCUCAGCGCCGCUGGCUGCACUGUGACUCCUGUGAGAACGGCUGUGAUAAGCCUCUACUGUAUGAGGUUGGCUGGGGGAAGAAACUGGCCUACGUUCUGGCUUUCUCUAAGGACCAGGUGGUUGAUGUGACGUGGAGGUAUUCCUGCAAACAUCCAGAGGUUUUGUCGAGAAGGACCAGGGUUCAGGAGGCCUGGUUGCUGCACACCAUUAAUGGGCUCAAUGCCUCGAGGCAGCAGUCCCUGAGUCCGGACAGGAAGAAGGAGCUGACAGAGAGGCUGCUUGUCGAGCUGGUGGAGUUUAUUUCCCCCAAGAAACCCAAACCAGGAGAGCUGGGUGGACGCAACUCUGGCUCUCUGGCCUGGAGGACGGCACGGGGGGAGACAAGACAGGCUGAUACAGGGACCUCCAAACAGGCUGCAGGUUACGUGUUUACUCCUACUGAGAAAGAGAAGAGCGACAGGUUACUGCACGUGUGCUACAAUGCCGCCAAAGACCAGUACUGUCGAGUGUCCAACAACUCUGAGGUCAUUCCGAGCUGGGAUCAGUGUGUGUGGAGGAAGGAGUCAGUCUUCAGAAAGGUGGAGGAUGACUGGCAGAUGGUGUACAUAGCUCGAACAGAAGGUUCCUCUAUGGGAAAAAUUAGCUGGAAGUUUGACUUUGCACCGGCGGGAAUGAAGAUAAAGUCUGUCUCGAUCAUGGCCAGUAGCCAGACCUUCCACUCUGGGAAAGUCUGCUGGCACUUGCAGGCAGGCCAGAUUACUACAGAGUUCUCUGGAGAUGGGAAGAUGCAGUCAUUCCAGAGUCUAUCCGGCUCCUCAGAGUUCACUAUUGUAGCAGGACUCAGUGGUGGAGAAGAGGAGACGUCAUGGCAACACUCUCAGCUCUUUAGACAAAGCUUGAAGGAGAUGGAGGAGUCUUCAUUUGAAAUCCUCAUCCACUUAGACAAUGCUUAACAGUAGUUUUAAUUAACAUAAUCGGGUCCCUCGUUUGACAACUAACUCACUAACUGCUUUGAAAAGUUCCGAGCUAAUUGUUUUGAUGAUAGUUUUGUAUGACAAAUCAGUGCAAUAUUUUAAUUUGUCAGUCUGCCAGGAUGAUUGAAUAUGCAUGGCCUAAUGAUACAUGAAUGAAGCAUGGAUUUUAUUCCUAUCAACAGAUGUCACACAUUUUAAACAUUUGACUGCUCGCAAAAUAACAAAUAAGACAUGCAGUAUACAAUAAAAAGGGUUUUAAAGAUAUAGAUAUAGCAUUUGUAAAAUGUGCCCUUCACUGUGAAUGUGUCUGUAAUUUGUGAUACAAGGAGACAUUCCACACAGCAAACUGGGGUUAAGGCCCUUGUCAGCACAGGUUGCUCCAGUUAUGCUAGUAAUAAACAAUUGUGCCAUUUAUUUUUGGCUAUGGAAUUUGUUCACCUCUCCAUGCCCAGUUACAUCCAUGUGUAUAAUUAUAAAUUGAGUGCUGUUAGUGUUAGUGUGGUGGAAAGUGCUGAAUGUUAGGAAAUAUCUGGUGGUAUAAUAAAGAUAUUUUUGCAGUCUG